AUGGGACGAAUCGGUGUAGCGAUUAUGCUACUCACCAGCUUGGCGCUGAUAGCCACGGCACAGCGACAAUUUCCCGCUCACUUUCAGUUUGGUGUGGCCACUUCUUCGUACCAGAUCGAGGGUGGCUGGAAUGAAGAUGGAAAGGGUGAAUCGAUUUGGGAUCGGUUAACGCACGAAAAGCCACACAAAAUUGCCGACCAAUCGAAUGGUGAUGUGGCGUGUGAUAGCUAUCAUCAGUGGCAACGUGAUGUGGAGAUGGUACGUGAGCUUGGUGUGGAUUUUUAUCGUUUCUCGAUCGCUUGGUCACGCAUCAUGCCUACUGGAAUUAGUAACGAUGUAAAUCGCAAGGGCAUCGAGUACUACAACAAUCUCAUCGAUGAACUGCUCAAGUACAACAUCACACCGAUGGUCACGCUGUUCCACUGGGAUCUACCCCAACGGUUGCAGGAUAUGGGCGGAUGGACGAAUCGGGAAAUUGUGGAGUACUUCCGUGAGUAUGCGCGGGUGGCUUUCGAGGAGUUUGGUGAUCGUGUGAAGAUUUGGGCAACGUUCAACGAGCCCAAGCAACCGUGCAAGGAAUCGUACGAGCAGGAUGCGAUGGCACCGGGAUUGGAGUUCCCGGGCGUGUACAGCUAUCUCUGUUCGCACCACGUACUGUUGGCUCACGCAGAGGCGGUGGAUGUGUAUAGGACACAGUUUCAGGCCACUCAAAAUGGUAUGAUCGGUAUGGUUGUGGAUUCAUCGUGGCACGAACCCAACUCAGAGGAUGAUCGCGAAGCAUCGGAUCGUGCGAUGCAGUUUACUCUCGGCAUCUAUAUGCACCCGAUCUACCAUGGAAACUACCCACCGGUUAUGAUCGAACGUAUUGGAAAGCUUAGCGCUCAGCAAGGUUUCCACAAGUCCCGGCUGCCAACGUUCACUGAAGAGGAAAUCGAAAAGCUGAAAGGAUCGGCUGACUACUUCGGAUUUAACGCUUACACGACACGCUUGGUAACGGACAAUGGCGACUCCAAUGCGAAUAAUUUUGCCGUACCUUCCUUUGACCAUGAUCGCGAUGUGAUGGAAUAUACUGAUCCGAGCUGGCCGUCGUCUGCUUCAUCCUGGCUGAAGGUUUAUCCGAAAGGGCUGUACAAUGUGCUGAAAUGGAUUCGUGAUGAGUACAACAAUCCACCGGUUUGGAUUACUGAAAACGGUGUUAGUGAUCGUGAUGGAACGCGUGAUCUGCAGCGUGUGGAGUACUUUAACUCGUACCUAGACGCGGUGCUGGAUGCGAUCGAGGAGGGAUGUGAUGUGCGUGGUUAUACCGCAUGGUCUUUGAUGGAUAACUUCGAGUGGCGUGCCGGGUACUCGGAACGGUUCGGACUUUAUUAUGUGGAUUUCAAUGAUCCUGCACGGCCUCGCUAUGCGAAAACGUCGGCCAAAGUGUAUGCAAACAUCGUGAAGACGCACAUGAUCGAUCCGGAUUAUCUGCCCGAUCCGGAUGUGUUAAUUCCGGAUGAUGGAAAUAAUGGUGCUUAG